GGUGCGAUGUCUCCCAAAAAAAUGUUCCUGCUGAUCAAUCUUUUCAUCGUUUGUUUAAUCGGAUUGUGGCUUGAUUGUGGACUGGGAUCUUGUAAUUCCGUGCACUCUUUCAUACAGGCUACUGGAAUCGCACACAUAGAUGUAUUUAGACCGUGCUUACAACCAGUACUUUACGAUUCAUCGGUUGAUGAUACAGGUGUUGUCUGCCCCGUGGGGAAAGGUUCAUGCCCAGUGACUCAUCUCAAAGAUGCGAUACAACGAAGCCCGCCCUCCAACGUACGAUGGACAACGGGGGAGAAUCUGACAAGUGCCAAGUACAGCGACAAUAAAAUCAGUAAUGCAAAAACGGUAUACUUCCUACAUGAUCGGCUCGAGUUACUAAUCCAGGCCCGCGAUGGAUGUGGACGGCUGAAACGAUAUGGUGGUGAUUACUUCCGGGCUAAGAUAUUCACCAAGAAUUCAACAUUCUCUGCGAGUUCUGCAACGGAUGGAGAAGUGAUCGAUCUAGGAAAUGGGACUUACAGGGCUCUCUUUACUCUGAAAUGGCCAGGGAAGGUCCACGUUAAGGUGACCUUGGUUCAUCCCAGUGAAGCGGUCGAUGUGAUUCGCCGUUUCCGCGACGCAGCUCCAGCGCGGUACGUUUACCGCGGCAAGUUUGUGUCCGCAGACGGUACGCACAAAGAAGAAACUUUCUGCAACAUUGUACUCUGUGGACAUCCGCUUGACUUAUGCAACUUUACCGAUAAGGCUACGGGAUCUCCCUGGUUUUGCUACAUGCCCAAAUCACCGAAACUUAAGUGCAGCGACUGGCGGGAACAUCGAUGUGACUCCAGCACGGCAGACUGGUAUGAUGCGUCGCUUUUAUCAUCGCAUGACAAGUUAACCUUGAUUCCAAAAAGUGAUCUUCCUACGAAAAUUCAGGUCGAAGUCCGAGGAACGAUAAGAAAUUCAUCUGAACCAAAAUCGGCAUCAGAGAAUGCGACCGAAAAAGUUAUAAAUCUUCCCAUCUGUACAAAUGAGUGCAAUAUUGGAAACCUCCUCACCUCUGGCUACUAUUUCAACGACAUUUGGUACAAUCCAUCCUGCAGAAUUCUCAAUUUCCCGCUCGACGAAAUGCGAAAUUGUGUCUCGGGGAAGAAGCUGUAUUUCUUGGGAGAUUCGACGAUCCGCCAGCUCUUCGAGUUCUACGUGGAGCGACUUGGACCAGGAUUAAAGAAGACGCCACCUGGUCCAGAACCACAAUGGCACGUCGGUCCAACGCGGGUGUUAGACCAGGUCUUCAACAUCAGUAUGAUGUUUCGUUUCCAUGCGUACCCGAUAGGGAGGAACGAAUGGGCCACAGUGAAGGACAUCCAUUACAUAGCGAACGAAGUUGACAACAUUGCUGGUGAUGAAAAUUCGGUGGUUGUAAUCUCACUUUGGUCCCAUUUCACCCACCAACCGGAGUGGUUUUUCGCGCAACGAAUGCGAACAAUCAUGGCGGCCGUUGCGCGUCUGCGGGAGCGCAGCCCGUCCACGCUCGUGGUCUUCAAGGGUGCGAACACGCGCGAACAUAUUAGCGAAAAGCAACGUCUGUAUCACUCUGAUUGGCUGGCCAGACGUAUGGAAUACAUUAUACGACGAGAUAUUGCCGAAAGCAUAGCUUUCAUGGACUCUUGGAGCAUGUCAAGUGCGCAAUUAAUCGCGGACGAUGUACAUCCAGGAGGUUCACAUGUUAAAAGCCUAAGUAAUCAGUUAUUAACGUUCAUGUGUGGUACAUAGGAAUUCAUAUUAAACUCACUAUGCAAGUGUUAUCUCGUAAUUUUCAUAAUUUAUUCUCAGUAGAGACGGGUAGCCCGAUGGUCUCAGCCAAUACUUUAAGCAUGCGUGGCCAAGAAAACGCGUAUAAAGAAGGUGUUUUUUAUUUUAUAGAUUGGACGCGGUCCGCGUGGUGCCGCAUUAAGGGGUUAAAAAACGUAAAUUUGGGGUCAUUUUAAAGAAAACGGGUACUUUUUCAAAAUGGUCUAAAAUCCUGCUGUACGCGUCGGUAUACACAUUUACGGUUAUAUUUCUAGCCCUUAGGGCCGGACUGGGGAAGAAGAAGUAGGCCUAAUAACUGCCCGUUGGCCUACAGCUGGUCCCUUAUAUUUUGUUUUACAUAUUAGAAUAUUUAAAAAACUGUUCAUUGUAAAUUGUGUACUGUUUAUAUUCACUAUAGUAAUAGUAGGCUACUUCAUAUAAAAUAGAUCAAAUUUGUAAUGAAAUUCUUUUUUUUUCAAAGAAAGGACUUAUGAUGGCUAUGCAAUAAACUCAUUUGGAAGUGUACAGGUUGAUGUUAUUGCUUCUAUGUUGAACAAAACCUGUUACAUUGUGAAUUUAUGUAGGUAUGCAGAUGAUACCACUUUAACUGUAAGUGGAAGUAGCGUAGCUGAGGUUGAACAAAAGCUUUAUUUCGCAUUACAAGAAUUAAUGGUAUGGAUUAAUAAUAAAUAAUAAUAAUUAACCGUUCUUGUAUAGCGCAUUACACAUAAUAAUACAACAUGUCCCUAAGCGCUCUAGAGAAAAACACAACAGAAUACAAAGACAAGAUGUACUGGGUAACAUACAAAAACCGCCUUGUAAUAAACACAGAAAAAAACUUGCGUCAUGGUCAUAGCUUCGCGUGCAAAUUUGAAUAAAAUAACAACCUUCAACGUUUCUAUAAAUGGGAAGGCAUUGAAAAGAAUUAACGUCGUCAAAUGUCUUGGUACAUAAAUUGAAUUGAAUUGAAAUGGUCCAAGCACGUUGACAAAGUAACAAAAGUAACGCAAAGAAAUAUCAGUGUAAUAAAACGAGCUAAGGACUAUUUACCAAUAACAUCUUUGAAGUUGCUGUAUAAUGCACUGGUAUUGCCUCACUUUGAUAAUUGUUCCUCUGUGUGGUCAAAUCGGUAUCAGGAACAAACAGAUAAACUCAAGAAUUUUCAAAAACUUUGCUAGAAUAAUUUCAAACAACAGUUACGAGACCCCAUC